CCUGCGUCCCCGCCCGCCCGCAGCCCGGGCUCUGGCAAAGCACCGCGCGCCUGGGGCGGCGGAGCGGACCUGCGCUCGGCUCUCGCACCGCCGGUGGCUGGAGGGCGCCGCGGAGAGGACGCAGACGCAGGAGACCAGCUGCGCACCUGGAAAGUUACCCGAGGUCCCAGGGCAGCAUGGGAAAUGGUUCAGUGAAACCCAAACAUUCCAAGCAUCAAGAUGGCCAUGCUGGGAAUCUCAGCACUGAUGCCCUUCGGAGCAAGGUGGUGGAGCUGGAGAGAGAGCUGAGGAGGAAGGAUGCUGAGAUCCAAGAGCGGGAGUACCAUCUGAAGGAGCUGCGGGAGCAGCUGUCGAAGCAGACUGUGGCCAUUGCUGAGCUCACAGAGGAGCUCCAGAACAAGUGCAUCCAGCUGAACAAGUUGCAGGAUGUGGUGCACAUGCAGGGAGGAGGCCCGCUGCAGGCCUCCCUGGAGAAAGUGCCUCUGGAGGUUCACCGGAAGACCUCAGGAUUGGUGUCUCUCCAUAGCAGGAGGGGAGCGAAGGCAGGAGUGUCUGCUGAGCCAACAACCCGGACCUAUGACCUCAACAAACCCCCUGAGUUUUCCUUUGAGAAAGUGAGAGUCAGAAAGGACUCCAGUGAGAAGAAGCUCAUUACUGAUGCCCUUAAUAAAAACCAAUUUCUGAAGAGACUGGACCCUCAGCAGAUCAAAGACAUGGUGGAGUGUAUGUAUGGGAGAAGCUAUCAGCAAGGCAGCUACAUCAUUAAGCAAGGAGAGCCAGGAAAUCAUAUUUUUGUGCUGGCUGAGGGUCAUCUAGAGGUGUUCCAAGGAGAGAAGUUGCUAUCAUCCAUCCCUAUGUGGACCACAUUUGGGGAACUAGCCAUUUUAUACAACUGUACAAGGACCGCCUCUGUGAAAGCUAUUACCAAUGUUAAAACGUGGGCAUUAGAUCGAGAAGUUUUCCAGAACAUCAUGAGGAGGACAGCCCAAGCUAGAGAUGAACAGUACAGAAACUUCCUCCGAAGUGUGUCCUUGAUGAAGAAUUUACCUGAAGAUAAACUAACCAAGAUCAUUGACUGCUUGGAAGUGGAGUACUAUGACAAGGGAGAUUAUAUCAUUAGAGAGGGUGAGGAAGGAAGUACCUUUUUCAUUUUGGCCAAAGGAAAGGUAAAAGUCACACAGAGUACCGAGGGUCAUGAUCAACCACAGCUGAUAAAAACACUGCAGACAGGAGAAUACUUUGGAGAGAAAGCUCUGAUCAGUGAUGACGUGAGGUCUGCUAACAUUAUUGCUGAAGAAAAUGAUGUUGCAUGCCUGGUGAUUGAUCGAGAAACAUUCAACCAAACUGUUGGGACAUUUGAAGAACUUCAAAAAUACCUUGAAGGGUAUGUGGCAAACCUGAACCGUGAUGAUGAAAAAAGACAUGCGAAGAGGUCCAUGUCUAACUGGAAGCUGUCCAAAGCACUCUCUCUGGAGAUGAUUCAGCUGAAGGAGAAGGUGGCCAGAUUUUCCUCCUCAUCCCCCUUCCAGAACCUUGAGAUUAUCGCAACACUGGGCGUUGGUGGGUUCGGAAGAGUUGAGCUUGUCAAGGUAAAAAACGAGAAUGUCGCUUUUGCUAUGAAGUGCAUAAGGAAGAAGCACAUAGUGGACACCAAGCAGCAGGAGCACAUCUACUCUGAGAAGAGGAUCUUGGAAGAGCUGUGUUCUCCGUUCAUUGUGAAAUUAUAUCGUACUUUCAAGGAUAAUAAAUAUGUAUACAUGCUUCUGGAGGCCUGCUUGGGUGGAGAGCUGUGGAGCAUAUUAAGGGACAGAGGCAGCUUUGAUGAACCCACCUCCAAAUUCUGUGUGGCUUGUGUGACAGAAGCAUUUGAUUACCUGCACCGACUAGGAAUUAUCUACAGAGACCUGAAGCCAGAAAACUUAAUUCUAGAUGCUGAGGGUUACCUCAAAUUGGUUGACUUUGGGUUUGCUAAGAAAAUAGGUUCUGGACAAAAAACAUGGACAUUUUGUGGGACUCCAGAGUAUGUCGCUCCUGAGGUCAUUCUCAACAAAGGACACGACUUCAGUGUGGAUUUCUGGUCCCUGGGAAUUCUAGUGUAUGAGCUCCUAACGGGCAACCCACCCUUUUCUGGGAUUGACCAAAUGAUGACCUACAAUUUAAUUCUCAAAGGAAUUGAGAAAAUGGAUUUUCCCAGAAAGAUAACAAGAAGACCUGAGGAUUUGAUUCGGAGGCUUUGCAGGCAAAAUCCAACAGAAAGACUGGGAAAUCUGAAGAAUGGAAUCAAUGACAUUAAGAAACACAGGUGGUUAAAUGGUUUCAAUUGGGAGGGACUGAAAGCACGGAAUCUUCCCUCGCCUCUACGAAGAGAGCUCAGUGGACCCAUAGAUCACAGCUACUUUGACAAGUAUCCUCCUGAAAAGGGAGUGCCUCCGGAUGAGCUGUCAGGCUGGGAUAAAGACUUCUGAUGCAGGAAAAGAUGGUUUUUGCUGAGACACCACAGAAGAGGACUAUAAGGAUCAAUAAUCCAACCCUGAUUUUUUCUCUCUUCACUCGAAGUAUUAUACUAUCCUUUGGAAGACCAUUAGGGAAAAGAAAUCUGCACAGGAGAUGGAGGACAGUGGUACUGAUGUGGUUCUGAAUUAUGUCUCUUUUGGAUGCUAUGAACUAUUCAUGUAUUCCCUUCCAUGUUUGUCUCAAAGGUGGAAGGAUAUCUCCUCCUUUCCACCAUCAGAACCAUUUUUGUUGAAGCAGCAUAGUUUUUUUUUUCUUUUACUGAAACCUAUUGCUCCUUCCCAAUCAUAGUUUUUUUCUUUUGAAUCCUAACAAGGUUUAACAAGUGUCUUGGUUUCUGAGCAUGUAAAUCAUACAAAGUGAGGGAAGAAUACAGUGAAUUUUGGAAGAUUUCCCCAGCACUCACCGAUUCCAUGUAUGCAUUGUGUCAUCGUAACAUGGUGGUUUGCAGAAAUCUUGGUAAUUCAUAGAAGCUCUUGACUUUCAUCUGAUUUUAACCUACAAACCUACUAAUAUGCUUCUGAUACUAGUCUGGGGAAAGGCAGGUUUGAGUAUUAUGAGUGACACUUCUUCCUAAAGCAAAUGAACCAAUUAAUCCAACCAGGUAAUUAUAUUAUAUUGGGGAACUUAGAAAAAAAUAAAUUAAAAAUAAUCUCUCUUUCUCCUUUGACCACUGUGAUACUUCAGAAAUUUUUUCAUAAACCUUGUUAAAAGUGGUUAUAGUGUAAUGUAUGAUUAAAGUAUGGGCCUUGAAAAGAUUUUAUCUUAGGUACUAAAAUAUUUCUCUACCAAAGUAGAAAAUAUGUAGAACAAAAUUCUGAAGACUUUUCCUUUCCUUUAAAGAUAAACAGAAUAAAAUCUAUUAAGGAUCUGGACUCUGAAACGCUGAAAGAAUUUUAGCCAAUUUUGAUUGUUGCCCCCAAAAAAGUAUAGAAUGACACUCAUCAAUUUUUACUGAGAAGUCCAUUGGCAAAUGUCAAUCUGCUGUACUCACUGUAGAGUUAACGGCUCAUUUUAAAGACAUCUGAAUCAUGGAUAUGUUUAUAAUUUUAACACAUGCAAUUGGAGAAGUGAUAAGAGACAUGGACGUAGCAUCUGGCCUCUUCCUGUCUCCUCCUGGAAAUCUUCCAAAGAAUGACUAGAAUACUUUUCAGUAGUGUUGGACACCAGUACCGAUGAACUUGACUAGUGAGUGUUUUCAUGUGUUGGCCAUGGUCACUCUCCUACCCUCCUUUCAAAAUAGAUGGGAAGCAGAGCUUUCUCUGUAUCUUUUAAUCUGACAUUUAAAAAAUCUAAAAUUCUACCAUUAUUCAAAUUUAUGGUUAUAUUUUUAUAUGAUAGUUGAUUAAAAACCAACCUCUACCCCCUCCACAUGCAUAUUUUCAUCAUUCAGAGUCAGCUGUAUGCUUGCUAAAGACUUGAUCCAGACAAGUGAGGUCCAGCUCAAGAGAGUGCAUCCUUCAUAAAUGAAUUUCCAGAUUCAGAGUCCUUUUGCUGAACCAAAGAGUUUUUGUUUCCUGGAGUAGUAUUUUUAAAGAUUGUGUAUUGUACAUAGAAGAAGCAUUUUUAAUAGGAUUGACAUAACCUGCUUAAAGAAUUUCUAAACUUUAUAAAAUAUUUUUAUUUGCAUUUUGUUUGUAUGUACUGUAUGUUUUCCAUGUAUAUAUUUUAACAUAACCAACAUAUAUAGGUAAGAAAUUUAUGUAUUGGAUAGAUUUUAGAACUGUACAGAUGUAAUAGCAAUGAUAUUCUCAAAGGAGAUCGAUAGUUAUAAUUUUUAAAACCCUACCUAUAUAAUGAUGAAAACCAACUUAGAAUACUACAGAUCUACUUUGCCCAUGAUUGGCCACAUCGUGUGUAAUCUCCACAUGUGAUUUUAUUGUUUCCUUUAGAGCACCUUAUAAAGACAAAAUAUAAGCACUUGACCCAUCAUAUAAUCUCACCUCCACUGUUUCCUAGCUGGGUGACUUUGGGAAAAUGAUUUACUUUUUUGAGUACCAGCUGUCUCACUUGUGGAAAAAGGCACAGUAAUACUUAUUUUAAAAGUCUGCUUUGGCCAUUAUAAAAAAUAUGCAGUCUUUUGUGUAGUAUCUGUGAAAUAAUCAAUGCUGCAUAGAUGUGAGCUACUAUUACUAUUUCUGUUAAAAUUAAAGAGGCCUUACCAACCAUUUAGUGGUGAACCUUAUGUAUUAGUGGUGUCUGUGUGCACAGUUGUAUCACUUAAAUCUAGUAUCUGUCCUUUCUUUGUCUGAAAUCUACAAGUAAAAUAGUUGAUCAAACUUCGAUGUGUAAAAUGAAGCAUAAAUCCUCAGUGAAGUGAAAUGCAUUAUUAAGCUAACCUAAAUAUUAAUUUUCAUAAAUUGAACACACACAGGAAAAUAAAUAUAAUUAUCCCCAUCUGUAUAAAUUCAUCAUAUUCCUAAUCAUUAAGUCAUUCUUAAUCUUUCUUUUCUAAGGUGGAAGAUUAAUUUUUCAUUCUUGAGCUUCUUCCAGGUGGGGACAACUUUUCAUAAUUAUAGUUUCUUAGUGUUUUCUCAGAAUAUUAAUUAUGUCUGGAGGGAAGAGAACAUAAUAAAGAAAAAUAAGAGAUUAAUAGUUAAAAAAAAUGAUCUGUGUUUGCAUUUUAGCUCUGCCCAGAUUUGCAUGGUUUUGAACAAUAAAACACUUCUUUAUGCA